GAGCAGAUCUGAGCAAAUCUGCAGUACUAACAUUGUUAAUGUAAUUCAGCCCUAUUUUCCUAUUUAUUCAUCGUAAUAAUGCUACCAGGGGCUAAUUUGCGCGAUGUGAACCAUUCAGGUAGUGGUAGUACCCCUGCAAAUCAUAACCAUUCGGUUAUGAUGAGCACAAGGGAAAAGGAAAAGUACAUAGAAAAUUUUAACUUUCCAUUUUGUGAUGAAUCAAGUAAAUAUGAAAAAGUAGCAAAAAUCGGCCAAGGAACUUUUGGAGAAGUUUUCAAAGCUCGUGACAAAAGUAAUCCCAAGAAGUUUGUUGCUAUGAAAAAGGUGCUAAUGGACAAUGAAAAGGAAGGGUUUCCAAUAACUGCACUACGAGAAAUUCGUAUUCUUCAGUUACUGAAACAUGAAAAUGUGGUGCAUUUGAUAGAGAUAUGUCGGACUAAAGCAUCUCAGCAUAACCGAUACCGUUCAAUGUUUUAUUUAGUGUUUGAAUUUUGUGAACAUGAUUUAGCAGGGUUAUUGUCAAAUGUAAACGUAAAAUUUAAUUUAGGUGAAAUUAAAAAAGUCAUGCAACAAUUACUAAAUGGGCUUUACUACAUUCACAGUAACAAAAUCCUUCAUAGAGACAUGAAAGCUGCAAAUGUUUUAAUUACAAAGAAUGGUGUAUUAAAACUAGCAGAUUUUGGUUUAGCCCGAGCAUUUAGUACAAAUAAGAAUGGGCAACCAAACAGAUUUACCAAUCGAGUGGUAACAUUAUGGUAUAGACCUCCAGAAUUACUACUGGGAGAGAGAAAUUAUGGACCACCUGUAGAUUUAUGGGGAGCUGGAUGUAUAAUGGCUGAAAUGUGGACCCGAUCUCCCAUAAUGCAGGGCAACAGUGAACAGCAGCAACUGACAUUAAUAUCACAACUUUGUGGAUCUAUUACUCCUACUGUUUGGCCUGGGGUUGAAAAUCUAGAAUUAUAUAAGAAGAUGGAUCUACCUCAGCAACAAAAAAGAAAGGUCAAAGAAAGGUUGAAGCCCUAUAUGAAAGACCCUUAUGCAUUGGAUUUGUUGGACAAAUUAUUGGUUCUUGACCCUUCUAAAAGACAUGACGCGGAUUCUGCCCUUAACCAUGACUUUUUCUGGACUGAUCCCAUGCCCUGUGAUCUCGGUAAAAUGUUGGCUCAACAUUCUCAAAGUAUGUUUGAAUUUUUGGCGCCCCCGCGACGCCCCACAAACAUGAGGGCACACCAUACCAUGGCCGCAGCACGUCCUACGUCUUCUGCGGUCCAGGAUGGCGGAUACCAAGAUAGAGUUUUUUAGAAUUGAAUUUUUCUAGAGACCAGUCAAUUAAAUGAAACCCAAAAAGUGGAAAGAAACAAUUCUUAUGUGGCCUGCCAAUAAAGUGCAUUUUUGUGAUGUAAACUAAGUUACAAACAAUGUCGAUAGUACAUAACUUUUUUAUACGUAAUGAUUUUUCUUUGUGUAUAUUUAUAAAAAAGAAUAACAAUAUUGAAUUAAAAUCCGUUUAUGUUUAUUUAU